AUGACUGCAUUACCCACUCAAGCGACAGUAGCCAUCGUGUCCUUCGAGACCGUCCGAUUCGAUUUGGAGUACCCAGAUGACCUUUCGUUGUUGGAGGACUCGUGUGACUACGUCGACCCUUCUGUGUGCAUCGAGAUGGGUUUAUGGGCUGUAGACCAGGGUUGCGGCAACGACGCCAUGAUUUGUGCAGACACCGCCACGACAAUCCUCAACUCUACCCUAUGGAGCCAUUCCGAUGUGCCCCCCGCCUUCUCCCGUAACGAGCUGGACUGUGACGACUUGAUCGACUCCGCUUUCGACUUGGCGGAUAUUUCGUGCUCGUUGCCCGACAUUGUCAAUACAGUACAUACAGCGAAGUGGGAUGCAACCAACACAUCUCAUUCGUCUGGGGGUAUCGCAAGUGGCACGGUGGAAGGAAGUUGUGCACAGAAUCUGGCUGCGUCAACAUUUCACAGGGCUGUGGUCGCUGCAGACACGCCGGUGGCGAGCGACGUAUCGCCUAUGGUUUGGACCAAAGGUGCCCAAGUCAGCAAGCUGUGCAAAGCUCAUGGAGGACGAUGCAUGUGUAAAGUGGGUGGAUGCAAGAAAACGUCCCAAGGCCUUAACCACGGCGGGAUCCCAUAUCUCCGAAACACUUACUUGGAUGUCUUGAGUUAUGCUGCCCCAUCUGUGUACCUUGAAAGGGGCAUCGUGGACGUCCACUUCUACGAUGGUCGAGUGUGA